GGCAAAGUUUGGGAAUGAUAGAAAGGCUGUAGAAGAGAAUCGCGAACGGGAUCUGGAAUGCCACUGCUUCGGGGAAUACAGUAACAUUUACACGUUGUUUUCUGUAAGCACCAAACUCGAGCGCUCGAAUUCAGCGCGUUGUAAUUAAAGGUACGCAAUCCCGAGACAUGUCGGAGGACCUGAGCUCCCAACCCUGGUCCAUCAACAAGGAUGACUACGAGCUGCAGGAGGUGAUCGGCAGUGGAGCUACGGCUGUGGUUCAGGCUGCUUACUGUGUGCCCAGGAAGGAGAAAGUGGCCAUCAAACGCAUCAAUCUGGAGAAAUGCCAGACCAGCAUGGAUGAGCUCCUGAAAGAGAUUCAGGCGAUGAGCCAGUGUCACCAUCCCAACAUUGUGUCGUACUACACCUCGUUUGUGGUGAAGGAUGAGCUCUGGUUGGUCAUGAAGCUGCUCAGUGGUGGCUCAGUGUUGGACGUCAUCAAGCACAUCAUUUCAAAGGGUGAACACAAGACCGGUGUGUUGGACGAGCCCAGUAUAGCUACAGUGCUGAAAGAAGUGCUUCAGGGUCUCGAGUACCUUCACAAAAAUGGACAGAUUCACAGGGAUCUUAAAGCUGGAAACAUCCUGCUGGGAGAAGAUGGAUCAGUGCAAAUCGCAGAUUUCGGUGUAAGUGCCUUUUUAGCCACCGGUGGUGACAUGACUCGAAAUAAAGUGCGCAAGACGUUUGUGGGGACGCCAUGUUGGAUGGCUCCAGAGGUGAUGGAGCAGGUCAAAGGUUACGACUUCAAAGCAGACAUCUGGAGUUUUGGGAUCACAGCCAUUGAACUGGCCACAGGCGCAGCUCCGUACCACAAAUACCCUCCGAUGAAGGUGUUGAUGUUGACUCUUCAGAACGAUCCGCCUUGCCUUGAGACUGGCAUCACAGACAAAGAGAUGGUGAAGAAAUAUGGGAAGUCUUUGAGGAAGAUGAUCUCGCAAUGUUUGCAGAAAGAGCCAGAGAAAAGGCCGACAUCAUCAGAGCUCUUAAAACAUAAAUUCUUCCAGAAAGCCAAGAAUAAUGAAUUUCUGCAGGAGAAAUUAUUACACAGGGCGCCUACAAUUACAGAGAGAGCCAGAAAGGUACGGCGAGUUCCAGGCUCCAGUGGGAGACUUCAUAAAACAGAAGAUGGAGAGUGGGAAUGGAGUGAUGAUGAACUCGAUGAGGAGAGUGAGGAGGGAAAAGCUGCUGUCGCUGCCUUACGGUCACCAAGAGUAAAAGAAGGAGAGAAUGCAGAGGUCUUCCAGCCAUUUGGCAGUCAUCUCCAGCCUGAACUACCUCAAGCUGCUGGGCAAAGUCCAGCCAACACUCAAAACACUGGCCAAACUACAGGCCCGUCACAGGCUCAGAGCACAGCUGCAAACCCCACACAGGCUCCAGCUCCAGGAGGUGAUGCCUCUCAAUCUCCAAUCAGUUUAGUUUUAAGGUUAAGAAACUUGAAAAAGGAGCUGAAUGACAUACGAUUUGAGUUCAUGCCUGGAAGAGAUACGGCAGAUGGGGUUUCUCAGGAACUGGUAUCAGCUGGCUUGGUUGAUGGGAAAGAUUUAGUUAUAGUGGCUGCUAAUCUGCAGAAGAUAGUGGAAGAGCCUCAUUCCAAUAAAAAUGUCACAUUUAAACUGGCCUCUGGAGUGGAGGGCUCAGAGAUUCCGGAUGACGUCAAACUCUUGGGAUUUGCUCAGCUCAGCAUCAGCUAAACUUGAGCUCUGUGCGGGACCAUGACUUGCCUACAAAUGUGAAAACAAACCAACACUACCAACAAAACCACACAUUGAUAUAGAUUUUUCUCCUCUUUCAAUUGCCCUAAAGAAACCACUGUUGCCAAAGAGAAAAAGCGCCAGCCCAUAGGAUUACAAAUGGAGUUGCACAAAGAAUUUGUAGGAAUCCAUUAAAAUAAAGUUUACCAUUUCUUCGUACAAGGAUGCAAUUAUCACAACCGGAUACAACCUUAAUAUUCUUUUAAUGCUUCUCUUCCUUUGUUUCUCUGUUUGUCCUACAUUCUGAAUUGAUGCCCUAAUAAUGAAAGCUGUAAAAACGCCUCCAUUAUAACUACUGAGUGCUUAUUAGGGAGUAAAACUCAAAGGGUUUAUAGAGAAAAUUGGGUUUUGCUAUAGCAGUUUUUAUUUUUUCUAUGGCUUUAAAGAGCUAGCAUGUUUUAUCAGACUGCUUGCAUUAUUUACUAAAGAGAUUAUUCACCUUGAAAUGGUCAUUUAGAAUCAUUUACUCAUCACAUGCUCCAAACCCAUAAGGCUUAUUUAUUUUUAAAACACAAAUGAAGAUAAAAAAAUAUAUAUUUGAGAGAUUUUCAUCCCUCCUCGGAAAGUCUGUUGAACCUAAAUGCUUCAAUAUAUGUUUAUAAACCCAAAUGAAUUGAGUGUUUAAUGCAAGCUUUCUAAAGACACAAUCACUUUAUAUGAUAGACAGGUUUAGUUCAGGCUUCUAUUCACAUAUAAACGUUGGUCAGCGAGCAAAGUUUACAGUAUUCAUAUUUGGUCCUGGAAGCUCAGUCAUGCUUGCUUGACACGUGUGAGCCAAUGAGGUUCAUUCUUGCAUGUCACAUGUUUGAGCUUUCUCAAGAACCAAUAAGGUUUGUUCCUGAAUCAAGUAUAUUUGAGCUUAUGUUUGAUCAAUGUAUACUUGUGCCUAAGUUAGGUCUGUUUAUAUGAAGCAAUCAAGACUUGUAUAAAACUGAUUGAUUCAUAUGGCUUUAAUAUAUUUUUAAGGAUUCUGAAAGGUUAUUUUACCCAAAAAUGAAAUUCUGUCAUUAAUAUCUCACCCUUAUGUUGUUCCAAACCCCUGAGUCUUUCAAUCAUCUUCAAAAUAAGACAUUUUAUAUGAAAUAUGAAAUUCUAGCUCCCUCAUCCUCCAUACACCGGAACGGUCCUGAGAUGUUCAAAGUCCAGAACAGGAGUUAAAAACAUUGUCAAAUCAUUCCAUGUAGCUUCAGUGGUUCAACUGUAAUCAUACAAAGCUCCAAGAACACUUUAGUGUGGCAAAAACUGUAAAAAUGACUUAGUUCUGCAAUGUCUUCUUCAUCAGAUCCGGCUUUACUACUAGUACAGGCGAUGCUUGUAUGUUAUAUCGCCAUAUUGGACAGUCAUUUUUACCAUUUUUUGCACACAAAGUUUUUCUGGAGCAUCAUAUGAUUGCAAUUGAACCACCGAGGUCGCAUAGAAUAUUUGACAAUGUUUUUGAUUCAUUUCCUGAUCUUUUCAGGACCCUUGCUAUGUACGUAGUGUCAGAGAGCUGAUAAGAAUGAAAGUCUCUGGGCAUUGGAACGACAUGAGGGUGAGUAAUUAACUUUUUUGGGGGGUGAACUAUCCCUUUAAAGCAUGUUUUGAAUGAACAUUUUUAGUGGAGGGACAGAAAUCUCUUAUAUUUUAUAGUUAUCUCUUAUAUCUGUUGUAUUAAAAAUAUCCAUUUGCAUUUUGCAGAUGAAUAAAAGUCGAUUAAAUAAAGCCAGAAUAUAAUUUUUGUUUUUCAAAAACAGAUCCUUUAAGCUACAGAAUUUGGUUGAAAUUUUAGCAAUUGUGCUUGUUUAGCUAAAAAAAAAGACAUUUAGUUUCUCGCCUUUCAUUGCACGCUGGCUAGCACAUUGUAAUUUCCGAUGCGCCACAGAUUUCAAAUGUAAUGAUGUGUUCAGUGUCAUCGAGCCUCAUCAAACACUCCUAAAGGCUGGUUUCAUUAGACUUACUCGUUUUCACUUUUUUAACUGUCUCAUUGUGGGCACAUCUGCAAAUAUUGCUAUCCCAUGCUGCUCUAAAAGUUAUUGCCUUAAUGUUUCUACAAGCAUAUCGCUCUAUUUUUAGGAUUUCCAUUCAUUUGUGCAGUUUGGUUUUAAUAUCUCUGUUACUUCUGCUCAUCUAUUGGAAAGUAUCUCUGUCAGUGAUUUUUCUUUGUUGAAAAGCUGAGGUACCGUUGGUGUUUAGCUUUUUCUGCUCUGGAUUUGAAGUCUUUCAUGUGUAUUUCUGAACUCGAUUGAAUGUGUAAAUAAUGUCAUUCGCCAUUGGUUUGAUUUUAUAUGGGAUGUUUCACUCAUGGCCUUUGUGUUCUUUAUAAAUAAGGUGACUGGAGGAGGUGGCGUUCACUACUAAAGACACAUUGUGAGUUUUGUUGGUUUGUCUUUUUGCCUUUAAUCACAGCGGGACCUUUGGUUUAAGUUAGAUUGUCUACUUCACUUUUAAACACAUCUCCGCUACUUGUGUGCAAAAACAGCCUGGAAUACUCUUCAGUAUCUUAUAGCAGUAUUUCAUCAGACUUUUUUAUUAUUAUUAUUAUUAUUUCACUUUGCCAUUUUUAAUAUUUUAUAUAUAAAUACUCAACUCAUUAUUCAAUAAUUUAAAAGCUUUUUCCUACUUUAUUUUUCCAGUUUUAUUGGGAAGAUGCAAAAGAGAAAUGCUGAUGUAAGUAGGACUGAUAAAAGGAAAGCUUUAAUAACGCACAAGUUUUUUUUUCCUUGUUUUUUUUUUGCAAUCAACACUGCUGUCCACGAAAGAAUAGAACAAUGUUAAUAAAGUUGCUUGCAUUGAA